AGGCAGUUCAGGGAACAUCCGGGUCUCUCGGGUUCUUGUCUGGCGACCCGUCGCCAUUAGUGCAGGCUCUUUGGGACGGAUAAAAUUUUAUUGGGAACAAUCUUUAUAGUGACAUUGUCCAGCUUUUGGAAAAUAUUUAACGCCUUGUUAAGGGCAUAGUGUUUCACCUAACAAGGAAGAACAACUUAAACUCGGGGGUUUUGGCCCCGCGCAGCGAGCUUUCGUCCUUACUUCCAACAGCCUCCAUAACUUGAGACGCCAAAAUCGUGUCUCUUAUUUUUUCUCGGGUUUAUUUUAUUGUCAAGAUGUCGCCGUGAUGGGGUCUCCGUGUUUGACAGAAAUGAAUCAGGGCCUUCGUUGCCUGACCCGCACUCACUUCAGCCCGUUUUCCUCCGUUUUUCUGUUUGCUGCUAGAGAGCUCGGCGGCUCUCUACCCGGACCUCGGCCUCAGCACCGCUCACUGCACGGAGACAAGCAUGGAGAAAACCCCCAACAGCAGCACCAGCACCAAGGUUCCUCCCCGUUCCAGCUCCACAGGCCCAACAUCGGGCGAAUCUAAACCCAAAACAGAAGGUAAAAAUAAUGGAGGCUCCAAGCGCUACAGCCGCAAGCGUGAGCCCUCAUUCCCUAAAACCGACAGUUUCCCAGGCCCUCGCCGCACCAAUUCACAGAAAAGCAAGAAUUUUGACAAGAGACCCCCUCAGAGAGGUGGAGGACGACAGUAUGGACUUGCAGGUGGAGGUCGACGUGAGGAGGUAGCAGAGACACGCCGGGCCGAGUUUAGCCCGGCUCAGUUUGCUGGACCGAAAAAAAUAAGCUUGAUUUUUAACUUCACCUUUGAACCCCGUGGAAGUAGUAGUGGUGUCGGAGAUGGAGGCCACUCAUGCUGGGGCCGCCGAAACAAAUGGGGCCACAAGCAUAAGCCUUUCAACAAGGAGCUUUUUCUACAGGCCAAUUGCCAGUUUGUUGUGACUGAUGACCAGGACUACAAGGCUCACUUCUCUGAUCCAGAUACUCUGGUCAACUGGGACUGUGUGCAACAAGUGCGCAUCUACAGUCAUGAGGUGCCGUCUUGUCCCAUCUGCCUCUACGCUCCUGUGGCAGCCCGCAUUACCCGUUGUGGACACAUCUUCUGCUGGCCGUGCAUGCUGCACUACCUGUCUCUGAGUGACAAGAGCUGGUCCAAGUGCCCCAUCUGCUAUGAGGCUGUGCACACCGCUGACCUGAAGAGUGUGGUUGCCAUGGAGACCCGGCAGUAUGUGGUUGGUGAUGUAAUCACCAUGCGUCUAAUGCGGAGGGAAAAGGGGGCUCUGGUGGCCAUGCCCAGCUCUCAGUGGGUGAAGGUGGAAGAGCCGGUUCGUUUUGGAGAUGCGUGUCUUAGCCCGUACUCCAAGCUGCUGCUGACCUCUCCGGCACAGGUCCUGAGCCUGGUAGCAGAGGAGAAGGCAGUUCUACAGGCUCAGCUCCUCCAAGAGGAUGACACCCAAGCCUGCUUCAUCCAGAGUGCCCUUUGUCUCUUGCAGGAGCGUGAGGAAAUGCUUCUGAAGCAGCAGAAAGCAAAUGGAGGAGAUGGCCUUGACCUGUCCACUCUUACUCUGGAAGAACCAUCUCCCCCUGCGGAGGAAGUGGUGACUAUCAGCUGUGCCAAGCCUGUGCUGCAGUAUUCCUCAGCAUUUGAUGACGAGGUGGCUGAGCUCCCAGAGGAUGAUGCUGCAGAGCUGCCAGGGUUUGCUGAAGGCAUUCUGCAGUGUGUGCUGGAGGAGCCUCCGGAGGCUGUGAUGGGUUCAGUCCCAGAGCCCCAGUCUGAUGAGGAAAGCCCUGCCAGCCAGGCCCAACCAGGCCAUCCCCCAGCCAGUGUCGUGCAUGGGCCCUACUACUAUUUCUACCAAGCUGAAGACUGCCAGCAGAUGUUCCUGCAUCCUGUGAAUGUACGUUGUCUGUUGCAUGAAUACGGCAGCUUGGAGGCCAGUCCUGACUCUAUAACUGCCACAGUGGUGGAGAUAGUGGGACACACAGUCACUGAGGAGAUCCGCCGUCGGCAUCGUUAUCUGGCUCAUUUGCCACUCACAUGCGAAUUUAGCAUUUGUGAGUUAGCUCUGCAACCACCAGUCCUCUCCAGGGAAACUCUGAACACAUUUGCUGACGACUUGGAGAAAAGAAAGCGCUUGAGGCAGAAGAAAGCGAGGGAUGAGAAGCGUCGAGAGAAGAGGAUUGAAAUUGAGGAGAACAAGAAGCAGGGAAAAUAUCCCGAGGUGCAUAUUGGACUAGAAAACCUUAAGCAUUUCCCAGCGUUUGGUUCUCCACCUCACAACAGCAGUCCCCCGAUCGAAGCUGACAUCACUUUUGCUUCUCUUUCAUCCCUCAGCAGCAGUCCUUCCUCUAAUGGCAUGAUAUUCCCAAGUCUGAAUGGGCAAAACUCUUCACCCAUUGUGGGUAGUGUGGAGGACGACUCCCACUGCAUGUCCUUCGCACAGAUGCUCAGAGAUGGGAAAGCCAGAGUUGAUGCUGGACCCAGGAUCACUCCAAAGAAAGAAAAGCUGCUAGCUCCCCCAGCAGCAGACAGCGAUGGAGAGAGUGACGGGUCGGACCGGGUUCCGGUGCCCAGCUUCCAAAACUCCUUUAGCCAGGCCUUUGAGAAAGCACUUCUGCAGCUGGACAAUGGUCUAGCUUCUCCUCCACAACCUGUGGUUGAUCCAGAUGAGAAAGGGGGAAAGAAGAAAAAGAAAAAGCAGAAACUUCUGUUCAGCACAUCCAUGGUUCACACAAAGUAGACAACACUGAAGUUCAUUUAGUUGCGUUGUUUCUCGAUCUUCCCACUGCUUUUGUUUUUUCUUCUAUGCAGGUCUUUUUGGAGCUAUAAACUAAGGAAAUAAGUUUUAGUUUGUAAGCAUAGUUCAUGCUGCUUUAAUCAUUGUUUCAUUGCCUUGGUCUGCCACAUUUUACAUGAUUUGUUUAAUUUACAUUAAUUUUUGUUCCACAACUAGGUCAGAGCUUUGCAGCAGCCCUCUGUCACUCAAGUUAAGGGUAACAUUUAGUUCAGGUGCUAAGUGAAUGAAGGAGUAACAAGCUGCUGGCUCUCAUCAUGUGUGCUUCAGGUUUUUCACAACUUCUAGGUACCUGGUUUUCAUUAAAGUGGUUACCGUAGGAUGUCAAUCUUUCCUGAAGUCGGCCCUGAGCAUUGCAUCUAGGACCCAUGCAUAAUAAGGAUAAGAUCAUUCUAGGGUGCUUUAUACUAGAGUAGCAGUCAGCCAGCUGCAGGUACGUUGCACCUUUGGAUCUUUCCAGGACACUUGGUGCUCACACAUUAAUCUGGACCCUACACCUAAGAGCAUAUGGGGACUUUUUUCAGUGUUUAUCAUAGGUAAUAAUUGGGGAUAGCACAUCAGUACCCUUCAAGAGGAUAGGUUUAAAUUCUGAGUUCUGUGCCCUAUUAUUUUGUAACAACAACACCACUGACACAUAAAGUCCUGAUACCACUGUGAGGAAGUCAAAACAGUAUUGUAUUAAAGAGACCAGGUCAGUUGUUUCAACAGAACUCCAGUAUAUUCUGCCUGAAACCAUAAACACACACUUUUUACUUAUUCAUUUUCUCCUGUCAUCUUGUGUUAGAAUGUUUGCUAACCCUGAGCGUUAAGUUAAAUUUCAGUGUUGGAAAUGUGUGAAGUUACAGAAUUGCUGAGAUUUAAAGAAUGCUUGUCAAACCUGAAAAAAGUGGAGUGAAAUCCUGUUUUGUUUAGAGGGUUCUGUAUUCACCAUUAAUUUGGAGCAAGUUUAUAGGCUAGUGAACAUAACUAGUCUGUUGAAAUGAAUAAACAAUUAUGCACAAUCAACAGAUUCUUUAUUCUGCAAUUAUCUUAUGCCAAGGACAAGAGUGGAUCAUGUUUUCUAAGGUCAAACACUAAGGAUCAUUAAGUAGGAUGAUGCCUGGUUAUCUUAGUGAUGCAGUCUUUACUUUUCUCCAGCUGAGGGCAGUCCUGACCUGUCUGGUGUCUGUGUAGUACAGUCAUUUU